UCAUCUGUCAGAAGUUGGUGGUCUUCUUUCUGUUUGAGUGAUUGAGUUUGAUCAGCUCUAUUGAUGGUGACUUGUAUCAAUAAAUGGGUCGAGGCAAUGCAACUUUAUUUGUACCAGACCACAUGCAAAAUGCUAGAAGCUAAUUACAUCCGCGCAUGCCAGCGCCAUCUACACCAUCGCACACAUACCAUCGCACAGAUGGGCAGGAACCAGCACAUACAAAGCUGUGGACUUUUUGAAGCUUAUCAAUGAGGUCCUGUGGACAAGAGAGUUGCAGUAGUCUAGUUUAGACAGAGCAAAUGAGCAGAUGAGAAUGUUCGUGGUUGAGAUGGGCAGAGUAUGACGAAUGGGGCUGAUCUUUCGAAGCUCAUGGUAAUCAUGUGAGAAACAUAUGUUCAUCAAGAGACAUGUCAGCAGACAUUAUGUAACCUAAGUAACACGCUGAAGUAACAAAAAGAACAUCGGCACCGUCUACUCGAACAGAGACAGGCAGUGAAGGAGAACAUCGCUUUUACUCGCUCCACCGGGUCUCGUCCAGCGUGACGAGAUUUGAACCCGAAGCUCUGGUCCAGAGAACAAUCAAGUGAUCACUCGUCAGCUUGAUGUCGUCACUUCCGGAAUUUCCACCGCCAGUAGCUGGUGCAACAACUGGCACACACCUUGAAGUUUGCGUGAUGGUUCUUCACGAGUGACACCAGAGUUUGGAACAGGUGCCAGGGGCAAGAUGGGAUCAACCGCAAGUAUCAUGCAGCCUGGACAAAAGGAAAUUCGGGCAUCAAUAAGAACUGUCAGGGGAGUGUAUCUUGUGGGAAUAGCAGGCAGAUUUCCAAAUGCCAACAAUGUGGAGGAACUGUGGGAGCAGCUGAAGGUUUAUGGAGAGUCGGGGAUUACAGGACAGAGCCCUGCACGGUGGCCCAACACUUGCUUGCCCUACUUACCUAAAAGUGUUGGUCGGAUUAAAAAUGAGGAUGGAUUUGAUGCUGACUUUUGGUAUUUUUCUGACACAAAGACUUUUUCUGGCAACCCAAUUCUUAGACAUCUUCUGGAGGUCAUUUAUGAAGCUGUCCUAGACUCUGGCUUGCCUCUGUCCACUUUCCAAAGUUCUUCUGAGCCAGCUGGACUCUACAUUGCACAGUCAUCAUAUUUAGAUUCUGUCCUCACAUCCAAACAGUUCAAAACCUUUUGGGAAGCUAGAAGUUCCAAUGUGCCAAGUCAUAUUAGUCAUCUACUGGGAACAUACGGCCCAUCAGUUGGUGUCGAUGCAGACACCAACUCCUCAUUGGUUGCUGUUGACAUCGCAGUACGUGACUUGCAGAGAGGGGCAGUUCAUUAUGCCAUUGUAGCAGGUGGGAACCUUGUUGUUAAUCCACUGGUGGCCCAGGGACUGGAAUACUUGAGCUUGGGAUCAGAUGGACUUUCUUGUGGUUCACAGUCAGAUGGUGUUGCAGCUAUCAUCUUGACACGGGAGAUGCUGCGCUGCAACAGAAUCUACUCUUUGCUUCUUGGAGUUGGGAUCAGCUCAGAUGGUUCCAGGGAAAGCGGCACAUCUCAUAUUGAUUGCAACUCCAUGGUAAAGCUUAUCAAGGAAACAUGCAGGAAUUCAGGAGUUGAUCUUGAAGACAUUCUAUACAUUGAAUCAAGUGGCCCUGGAGUUCAGGCAGUUGAUGAAGAACAGAUGAAAAGACUUGUAAAGACCCUACUAAAAGGCAAGAAAAUCGAUAAAGAGGUCAUCUGUGCUGCAAGCACUAAUGCCAUUGGGCACUGCCAAAGUGCAGCAGGGCUAGUCUCAAUCAUUGUCAGUGUGUUUGCCAUGCAUUGUGAUUGGGUCCCUCACUGCUUUACCAGCAGAAUUACUGACCUGCUGGAUACGACUUAUCAUGCAAGUGAUGCCCCUGCAGAAGCUGUGAAAGAUGGUCAUACAUCUAUAAAAGAUGGUGCCACAGUGGUUAUAAGCAGGGGACUUGGCGGAACAAGUGGAUGUGUGGUGCUGGUCCCCUUCAGAUGCAAAUGGCCACAAACUACCCCACCUGCUACUGUUCUUCUGCCAUUAUAUGCAAGAUGUGGUGUGGGCCUGGAUCGAAUAUGCAAAGCUGUGGAGAAUGCCAGCAGAUUAUACCCUGAAAUGCUGCUUCUGAUGGAAAAAUCUGUACUUACCUCAGACACACUACAGCCUACAAGAGGCUACAUGAUUAUAUCUCCAGAAAUGGAGAUACUGGCAAGUGAGAAAUUGCUCCCUUGUCAAGUUUUUCAGCCUUCACUGACAUUGGUCUUCUUCUGGGGUGAUUUUUCUUCAGUUGAAAUGUCUGUUGAUCCUGAGCUUUGGCAGAUUCCAGCAUUUGAAGAAUCCAUGAAAGUUUCAGAUAAGAUCUUUGAAGAACUGAGUAUGGGAGCAUACCACACAAUUCUGGAGUGCAUGGCUAUGCCCCACAAGAAGCUGGACAAAGAAACCAACAAUGGAGGAAGUAUGACUCACACCCAUAUCAUCACUGGCACUGCUGUUCAGAUCGGACUAGCAGAGAUUAUGAGACAGGCCUGUGGUAGAUGGGCAGCAGUGGCUGAAGGGGGUCUGGGGGUUUUGGCUGCAGCUUACUAUGAUGGUUGUUUGACGCAGAAACAAUGUAUACAAGUGGCAUACACCCUGAGCUCAAUUGCAGGCUGCUGGAUAGAUGAUCUAGAGAGAAGUUGCAGAUACCUGGUGGCUCUGGUCCAUUUAAAGGUUGAUGAGGUUUACCGCUUAGGUCCAAACAUCUACAUCCUCGCCAUUUUGACAGAUUUCCUGGCAGUGAUUGGUGUGCCAAGGCACGUUCCACACCUUGUGGAUAAUGUGGAAAAGCAAGUUUCAUUAAAAGGAGGACAGUUCAAGCCAGUCAUCAACUCUCCAUUCUUUAACCCUCACCUGUUGCUGAAGAUUAAAGACCUAGCAGUUCAGAGAGUGAGACACAUCAUACCUCACCCAAAGCAGUGGUCAGACUUGACUCUUCUGCCUCUCAGCAGAAGCCAUCCAAACUCAGUGGCCGAUCUUCUCUGUGAUGCAGAGUACAUUAUCAACUCUAUCCUUCAUCCUCUCGACCAGCCAGUGCUGAUGAAGCAAUUGCUUAGAGAGUCUGACUUUGUUGUGAUGGCUCAUAUACCAGGAUGUGAAGGUGCCAUAUUUUCAGAGGCUCAGAAGAGUUUCAUCCAGCUGGAUACAACUCGCAUCAUUCAUUGGAGCCCUUCACUGCUGGAUGUACUCAAUGUUCUGGGCAAGGUUCACAUCCUUGGAUGCAAACUUGAUUUGUCAGCAAUACAUCACCAGCUCAAGUAUCCCUUAGACUGCUCUGUCCCUCCAUUAUCUCCCUUGGCCACCUGGGAUCACAGGACUUCCUGGCCUCUACCACAGUGGAUGGAGUUUACCUGUAAAGAGAAGGAUGAGUUUAUGACCACAUACCGAUUCUCUCUUGAUGAGGGUGGAAGUGAAAGCAGUUUGGUGGCAGGUAUCCUCUACCACUCUUGGUUUGCAAUUGCCACAAGGCUGCAGAACAUGGGCUCAUUCAAACCUACAGCAGUGCGGCUUUUCAGCAUUGUGGAAGAACAAGACAUCAUGUUAAUAGACAGUAGCACAUCAGUCUUCUUGCAAGCACAGCUUGGUUGCAGAACAUUUAACAUCUUCAAUGAAGAUGGUAUAAUACUUGGUGGCCGUUUUGAGGAACUCCGAGAACCACCAGACCAGCCCAUUGGAGAUUUUCACUAUGCAUGGUGUGAUGUAAAUCAAGACAUCACUACAGGCCAUGAGCAGUCUGUCUGGACAGUCGAAUGGGAGGACGACUGGCAGCUGUAUCUCCAGCAGAUUCUUCAUACGUGGAAAGAAAAUGGAGAUCACCAAAUUGACAAGGGUCAGAGACUAGUCACCACCUUGCCAGAGGAAGCCCUUUUCUUGCCCCAGUAUCAUGCGCAGCUGCUUGACCACAAUCAGAAUUCUGUGACUGUGUCCUUUGAAGCAUGCACAGGUUUGCUCAGGGCUGGUGGGGUAAUCUUUUAUUUUCCUCUCCUGCCACUUGGUCUGACGAGGAGGGACAGGAAGUGUACUGAAGCCUCAAUAUUUGAAGUAUCACCUGUUGAAGAACAAAGUCGUCGCCAUUGCGUCUUUGAUGAAAAGACAGGAUUGGUCCAUGUGACAGUGACAAAAGAUUCCAUGGCUUUCCAGCAUCCUGGUAGUAGAUUCACUGCAUCCACUCAUCCUUUCAACUUUGAUGUGCAAAGCAGCCCACAGCAGAAAGACUUCUUCCAGCUAGAAGUUUGCAAGGUUGAGGUUGAAAAGAUCAAGUCAUGCUCUGCACCUGAAAAUCCAACAGUUGCGUUUUGUCAAGACAAACAAUCACAAGAACAAAUUGAAACUCAGAAACAGAUAGACAGCAUCUCUUGCCAAGAAGUACAUCCUUGCCUUGAACAAAUUGGUUCAUCAGGGCAUGCUAAUCUGGAUGAGGUGAAAACAUCUUCUGCUGAUGAAGUGGAAGAAUUGAAAGGUUUUGGAGCAUCUGAAAUGCUGGAGAAGACUGAGAGGAUUAUUGUGAAUCACACAGAGACAGUCUGGGUGUGCAAUGAUAUUACUGUCCUGUUGUUCCAUGGUGUCAUUGCAGAAACCCAGCAACAGGUUGCAGGAUUUUGGUCAGAAGAAUAUCCACACACAAUGUUGCAAGUCUCCGUGCCAGGCUGGUGGAAGCCCAUACAUCAACACUUCCUUCUGCUGUGGGUGAUAGCAAUGUAUAUCAUGGACAUGGUGGACUUGGAAACCACACACACCAUUCUAGUGUAUCCACCAUUUGAUUCACUGUCAUUGACCUUGCUGAUGGCAGCAAAUGACUUCAGGUGCCAGGUCUUUGCACUUACACAAGGUUCCGCAGUUCCUGAAGUGUUUAACAAGAUUUGUCCAGGUGUUGCAAUUAUUUCUCAGGUGUUUUGGAGUCAGCAGCUUCCCCAACAUGGCAGCAUUAGGGGGUGUACCUGUGUGAAGUGGAUUACUGGAGACAUUACAUUGGCAAUGGAUCAGCUGCCGCCAUCCAGCCGCUUGAUCCAGUGUGGACAGCCACGUAAUUCAGCUCAUGUCUCCAUGACAUUCAACAAAAACAAGACUCUGGUUUGUGUGGACCCACAGCAAGCCAUCAGGGGCUCGAUUGCCAGGCUGUCCCAGUUGAAAGAUGAAGCAUUUCUUCAUCUAGACUGCCUUUCAUCGUUAGACAGUGCCACAUGUGAACUGAUACUGUCUCUGGAGAUGUCAGACUGUCUCGGCUGUGGCUUCGAGUCACAGCAUUCUGCUUAUUUCAAUGAGUGCAUCUCUUUGUCCUUGGUGCUGAAAGUUAAGCAAUCUGAGGAAUCAUAUGAUGCUGUGGAGAUUUCCACUGACAGUUCUACUGCUAAUUUAAAUUUUAAAAGAGCAGCAGACCUGGAGAAGGAUAACUACACUGUCGCUGACAACCAGAACAAGCUCGUGGAACUGGCAAAAUUCCAUGACUGUGAUGCAGAGAACUUUGGUCUGAAAAGGAUUUCCAGUAUUUCAAACAAGUUUUCUUAUCCAAACAGAAUUGGGAAUACACAUAAUCCUGAAUGGGAAAUGCAAUCAAAUCAGUUUUCAUCUGCUGGCAGUGACAGAGAAAAUCUGUGUGACUUCGAGAGUUUUCCAACUUCCAUCAAUAUUUCAGAACCUAACAUUUGUCUGGCAACUACUGGAUGGCAUGAGGCAAAUUACCUCCCAUUAAGACUUUCUAAUGAGCAGGUAGAUUCCAGUUUUCACACAAUUGGUGCUACAGCACCUGACUUGCCCCAUGGAAUGGAGAAAGUAACUGAUCAAAUGCUGUAUAUGGACUCUUUGAGUAAUUGCUUUGUUCAGGGUUCAGCUGACAUGCAGCGUGCACCAGAAGUUUCAAAUAAGUUUCCUGAAAAGGCUUCUGAUGCCAACACCAAAUGUUACAUCCAGACAGGUUUACCAGCCUUUGGCACUGAAAAAAAAGACAUGUAUACUGAGAGACAAAUUGUUUCCCUUUCUGGGUGUAAUGCCUACAAUGAGAGAUAUCCAUCAGAUUCUGAAAUGCAAGAGGUACGCUAUUUUUCAUCCUUGGAGGAGGAUGGCUAUUCAGAUAAAGAUGGUCACCAAGACACUUCUUCAUUCAGCGAGAAAUCAUUCGAGAAAGAUGGUUGUUUUAAAUCUUGUAGCCAGAUGAGUGACAAAGGCAGGGAACUUCAACUGAACAGCCAAAGCAGCAGUAGCUUAGCAGCAGUAGACAAUAUUAAUCUAAAGAUGCCUUAUGACUGCACUACUCUUAUGUAUGAUCAAAGUGCAGUUCAGCAUCAAGUGAAUUUUCUGACAAAUGAUAAGCAGAGUAUACCAAUCCCUAGGCCUGUAGCAGAAAAUUCUUCAAACAUCUACAGAACUUGUACAAGUGCUUGCCCACCAGGUCUAGGAGAAGCUUCAGGACUCGGGCUUAGAAAUGACAGGAUGCCAGAAGGAAAAACUGUUUACAAGCAGGGCAUGGAUUUCCUGAUUCCCAGUGAAACAUACUUACAGUUGCCAUUCGAUGCCAUUCAGAAUAUUGAAGGUAAAGAAAUAUUGGACAGUCUGUCAUCUCAAGAAAAGAGAGCAUUCCCAGACAACGAGAGUUUAGCAAAUGAGCCUUCAUCAUCUCAGGAACAAGAAGCUUCCACCACUUUCUGUGAGUGGCGUGAUCCAGUAUCACAAAAACUGGGGCAGCAGUUGCUGGAGCUGCUGGAAGACGCUUUGGAAGAAUCAGGUUUACUGCCACUUGUGACUUCAGCAAGUUUAACAGAUUUGUCAGCAGAAAUGGGACCGAUCCAGAAGCUUACAGCAGGGACAACAACCACCGUUGAAGUGUCCAGCCAGAUCUCUGCAGAAACGGAUUCCUCUUUAGCUGAUCAUGUAGACUGUGAUGGAUAUGUACUUGAUUCAACAGCUGAUUUGUACAGUUCAGCAACUGGCGCUGACUUGUGCAGUUCAACAACUGGCACUGACUUGUGCAGUUCAGCAACUGGCGCUAACUUUGGGGCUGUGGACCUUCGGAACAGUGGAGCAAAAUGCAAAGUGCAGACCUCUGCUACCCAGAAGAAAAGCAGCUUUGCUCAGUCUUUCCAAGACACCAGAAUUCCAUUGUGUGGCUUCGAUUCUGCCCCAUCCAGUUUUUCAGUAAGUGAGCAUACAUGUCUUCAAGGGUAUCAACAUCCACAAGGUCAAACUCAUUCUGUUUCUACUCCAGAGAAUUCGUCUCCAUUGUUGAAAAACUACUUUGAAACCAGUUCAGGGCUGGAUACAGCUAUAACUUCUCAGAAUAGGUUUGAAGAACUUCCUGGUCAAAGGAUAUCAAAACACUGUAUGACCUAUCCCAUGCAGUUGGCUACAGAAGCAACAUGCCAUAUGGCAGCUUCAAAUGAACCUAUUGAAGAAACUAAAUAUACUUCAGGAUGUUUAGAUACCAACCAGGAGAAGCCAAUAGAAUGUCCUGACUCAAGAAGUCAAGGAAAAACAGCCUGGCUAUCUGGUCAUGAUGAGUUGUCCGAGUUCACUUCCUGUCUAUCUGGGUCCUGUAUUACCCAGGAAACAGGGAGGCUUCAUGGCAUGCUGGAGAGCACGCAGUCCUUGCACUGCACAGAAUCAAGUUGGAGAGAACAGGUCAGGCAUGAAAAACAUGGCGAAACAUAUUUUUCACAGGAAAUAUCUAUGUCUGAAAGUGUAUUGCUAUUCAACUCCCCAGACUCCAUCUCUCCAAGGAAACCGGCAUUCUCUCUGGAUCCCUUCACAAGCAGAAACUCUGCACUCUCAUCCAGCUUGUCUCACCAGCAACAAUCACCUGGUGCUAUCAGCUACCUAAGUGCCAAAUCGCCCUGGAGUCCGGAUUUUGCCAGCAUGUAUCAGUUCUGUGAUGAUGCAUUAGGCUUUGGUAGAAGAAAGGUGGAAGUUAAACAUAAGAGUAACCAACCUACUGAAGGUUUAUUUCAUAAAAGUAAGAGCAUAGAUAAGAUAUCUUGCAGCCUGGAUGUUGACUCGGGUCUUCUGGAAAAUCAUGAAUCGGUGAAAACAUUGGACAAUGUUGAAAUCCUUUCUCUAGCAAGGCAGCCAUCACAGCAUAACCUUGGCAACUCAUCAACUCCUAAACCAAUGUGCCAGAUCACUGGUGUAUUUCUUCAGCAGUCCUGGUCUGAUGAUACCAACUCACAAAAUUGUAAGGAGUACAGAAACUUGCCAAAUCCCAUUCUACCUGAGUUGCUGAAGUCAGAAGAUGCACUGGUGUCUCCACCUGUGAGUUUUCAUUUCAACUCUGGCCUCAGCAGAGAAGAGCAUGAGGAAUCUCAGGCUGAGCAUCAAGAACAGUUGGCCUCUGACACAGAUGAUAAUGUAGAUCUUGAUUUUGCUUUUCAGUUUGAUUCUUAUAACCAUGAAGACAGUGUUAUGUUAGACUUGCCCAGAAAUAUUCCCUUGCCUUUGGGGAAUCUUCAAGGACAGGAGAUUGAGGAUGAGAGCUCACAAAGUGGAGAUUCAGGUAUUGAAUUUCAUCUAACAGAGGAGAUCUCUUCAUCCAACCAGCACAGAUAUGCCUUUAAUCUUGUUUCUAACUCUAAAAAGGACUCUCCUCUGGUAUAUAGUCUACCAGAUGAAGGUUUGGGACCAAUCACCUAUGAUUGUCCACCAUUCAAGCAACGGCUGUCAUCUUAUGAAGAGGUGAGUUCUAUGCAGUAUCAGGAUUCAGCAGUUGAUGUAAGUACUCAGCAAGCGCAGUCUCCAGGUGGCAAGACAAGUUUCAGGCAACAGACAUCAAGCAGUGUGGAACAUGUUGAUUUUGACAGACAGCUGCUUGCACAUCCACACAGUUUUUCAGAUGAAAUACCUGCUUGUUCUCAAUCUGCUCAGUCUUGCCUACAUCGACUCUGUGGUGGUUCUGAAAGUCUUCAGACAGCUGCUGGAGAAAGGGAGAGUCAGGAAUGUGUUUUUGAGAUCAACAAAAACAAAGCUUCAGACAUCUAUCAAAACUAUUUUGAACCUAAUGCCUUAAUUUCAAUCACUCCUAAUAAUGAAAUUCAGGUUGAGGAAAACCCAGAAAAAAGUCAGACCUUAAAAUCUGAUACCGUUCAAGAGAUUUAUCAGAAUCAGGAAGUUAUUCCUCCUGAAAAAGGGGCAAGCUGUGAAAAUGCCAGAUAUGACAAAGAGCUAAACUUAACUAGCAAUACACUCAACCAGGGUGCCAUGCUGUCUGGGAACAGUGUACUUCGCCUGCUGGAUUCUCAGGAUGUGGAACAGAGGACAACAGAUGAGAACAGCAGUGGUGUUCUGCCGGCAUGUGCUACAACACCUAUUGAAAAUCUUCAGGCUGAGAAACAGUUUCAAAUUCUACAACCAACCUUCACAUCCCUUACACAUUCUGCUCAACACUCACUCCUCAUCGAAGAUUUCCCAUCAUCUACACCAGCCGAACUGCAGCAGCUAAAUAAGCCAUCUGCUGCAUGGCGGUUUAAGCGGCCAUUAUAUCUUGUUCAUCCUAUUACUGGAUCCAUUGAGAUUUUCAGAUUGCUGGCUUCUAAGUUGAAUGUCUGCUGCAUUGGUAUUCAAAGGACUCCAGAUACUCCUACCUCUUCUGUUGAAGAUGUUGCCAGACAUUACUGUGCUGCAAUCAAGUGUAAUGACAGAUUUGGUCCCUAUCAGCUUGCUGGGUAUUCGUAUGGAGGUCUCUUGGUCUUUGAGAUGGCACGACAGUUUCAACAAGAGGGGAAAAGAGUGGAACUUCUGCUUAUGUUGGACGGAUCACCAGACUAUGUCAAGGGGCAGAUAGAGUAUAUCAGAAGUCGAAUGCCUGCUAACACUGGCCAGGAAGGACGUAGGAUUAUGGAGUCACAUUUUCUGCUUCACUUUAUGGACUUAUAUGGCCAUGUGCUACAGAGGACUCUGGUGCAGGCAGAGCUAGAGAGAUCUCCUUCAUUGAAAGAAAGAAUAACUCUGGCUGUGAAGCUCACCAAAAUGACAGCCAAGGACACCUCCAUCUUAUCCAGUUCCCAGAGCCUGAGGCAAAAGUCAAGCAAUUAUUGUAAAACACAUGAUGAUGCCAUUUGUGAAGAAGUAGAAAAAACGGUUGACUUUCGACACCAACAGAAAGCUGCCGACUUCCUCACAGCUGCCUUUAUGGCCAGCAAGUACAUUGCAGUAGAAGCUCAAGAGUCCAGAUUUGUUGGAGAUGCACACCUUAUCCGCAUUAAGAAAUGCCCUCUUCGUUGCAUGCUCCUACCUGCAGAUUAUGGACUUAGCACACUGUGUACUGGAAAUGUGAAGAUCUGCUAUGUCAAUGGAGAUCAUGAGUCCAUAUUCCAUGAUCCAUAUGUCCAGUCUUUAGCAUCCAUCAUCCAUGCCAUUUUAGGCAAAAAAUAAUAAAAGCAAGAGAAAACAUGCUGGUGAAUCAUUUUCUGAUAUUCUAUUGUGUUCAUGUAAAAUUAUUCAGUUGUUUAUUAAUUUAUCAUAAAAGAUUUGUCUAUCCAGUUUUUUGCAAACAGUAUUAUUUCAGUGAUGUACAAUUCUUGUUAAUAGUGUACGCCAUACCAGUAAUCAAAUUACUGAUAACCAAACCAGGUUUAUAAGUUUAAGAAAACACAUUUGUCAGGCAUUUUUUUUUCUUUGAAGUCAGUUUUCAGCUUAUUGUGCAUUAACCUUAAGAUUCCUAAUAUUUGGUCAUAUUAGUAUUAUACAAAACUGUAGUUUGAUGUUUUUUAUGGGCAUCAAAAGUCAAACGCUUGAGAUUCCCAGAUAUUUCUAAUGAAGGAAAAAUCUUAAAUUAUAAUAUUUCACUUGUCUUGCUUUUUUUCGAAUUGAGUAUUUGAGCUAGUUAUUUGAAAUUUCGUAUUGAACACUAUCAGCUGAGUGAUAUAGAGCUUUACAAAAAAAUUUUGUUUAAGUUGAUUAAACCAUUUACAUAAAUUACCUUUAUUUCGACUUCUUUUUUUCUAAUUUGAAGCUUGCAAGGCACUAUCUAUAUAUAUCUUCACAUCUAAAGAAUUUGAUAAAAAUAAAGUACACCUUUUGUACACUUAAGGAUCUGACAUCUGAAAUUUCCAUUUGAUUUUUUUAAUCCCAUGCUCAGUAU